AUGCCUUUCCUUGACCAUCUCCUCACCUACAAGAUCACAGCCUACAACACUAGACCAAAGAGGAAGAAGCUAAGUGUUGGAGGGCUCAUCACACCUAUCUUGUGUGCUGCUGGAGUGAACCCAACUGAUAGAGAGCCACUGAACCAGGUUGGAUGGACAUCAAGUUUUGCAAGACCAACCUCCUCAUUGAGCACAAGGAGUUGGAUGGGAGGUUCCAAUUCAAGUUCACACAUCCAUUGGCUGGCCCUCCAAGUUUCUCCUGCCCAACCCAGAGCUCACCACAGUUGUCCAGGGAGCGCUGACUUGGGUGAGCCUGAGUGCUACUACUUUGAGGAGUAUGAGGCUCCAAGGAUGAACCCCUCUGUUGUGGCUGCCACAAGAGGAUUGGACUUCUCCAAAAGUUCAACAAGUGGCAAGGGAAAGCCAUUGAGAAGAUGCAAAAGUCCAUGGACAAGAUGGUGA